GUGUGUGUGUGUGUGUGGUGAAACUUUAAACUCAGCAAACUAGUCAAACAUGCCGGCCACUACCAAAUCUGUAAUUCUCAUCAUAUUAACAGUUUCCUCCUCACUUCUUUUCCCAAUUUCUGAGCAAUUUUCCAAUUGUAGCCCCAUCAAUCCCAUGAACAUUACAAACUGCAAGAAACUAAUCACUCUAGGAGCAGAAUUCGGGUGGAACAUUCACAGUAACACCGAAAUUGACAUCUUGCUCACCAUUAGAAUGCCUAUCAAAUGGAUAGCCUGGGGUGUAAACCCAGGUCCCCAAAGACCGCAGAUGGUCGGGACCAGGGCUAUUAUAGGCAUUCAACAGCCCAAUGGAACGUUGGCAGUUAGAAAAUACAACAUCACCAGUGACACCAAGCUGGGCUGUAGGCUUCAGCCUUCACAAGAUUUUGAUGAUGUUGUCGUCAAGAACAUGAGAGGUGAAGUAAACCCUGGGUACAUGUCGAUAUCCGCAACGUUAAUUUUGCCCCGGGCUCCUGCUGUCUACAAUAUUUCGAAGCUGAAUCAUGUUUGGCAAGUAGGGUUUGAGGCUGAUGAUGUUCUUAUGGAGCCUAAGAAGCAUUCCACUUUUCUCCAGAAUGUGGAUAGCACAGAGAGCAUAAACAUGACCAGCGGACACGGUCUUAGCAUAGGACAUCGCCGGCAUCACCUCAGAACGGUACAUGGGAUUCUUAAUAUUGUGGGGUGGGGAACAAUGUUGCCAUUGGGAGUGAUCAUAGCAAGGUACUUCAGAAAAUGCCCUAUUCCCUGUGAAAAGUGGUACAUGGUUCAUGUCUCCUGCCAGAUUGUUGGUUACAUUCUUGGCACGGCUGGUUGGGCGAUCGGACUCUGGCUCGGCCAUGCUUCUAGACACUACAGCUUCUCCACUCAUCGAAUUCUCGCCAUUUGCAUAUUUGCCUUCACCACAUUACAAAUGCUUGCCCUGCGUUUAAGGCCAUCGGCAACUGAUGACUACCGGAAAUAUUGGGACAUGUACCAUCAUUUUCUAGGGUACUCACUGCUGGCUGUGAUCUCAGUGAACAUAUUCCAUGGCAUUGCGAUUUUGAAGCCGAAUAAAACCUGGCUGUGGGUUUACAUCGGAGUCCUUGGAAUGUUUGCUUUGGUUGCGAUUGGUUUGGAGAUUUUUACUUGGAGUAGGUUCAUGCUUGCAAAGUCUAAAAGGAAACGACAAUCUGCAGGGCAAACAAGUCAAUCUGGUUCACAACCUCAAGGCUCCUUGGGCACAGAACCAGGCUCACAAUAGAACAAUUCAAAGCCUAUUAUUGAAACACUCAUGAACAUGCCUUGUUAACUAAUUAUGUUUCCCCGCUUAAUUCCAUUUUCCACUUUGGUUGGACUUUGCAGUUCAUCCACAUGCCUUGAUUGUUGUGUGCUCGCUGAGCAACUCUUCUGUUUUUAUUUUAGGUUUUUCGGUGUUGGAGGUGAUAUGUUAGAAGAAAAUUGAUGUUGACAAUUGAGUCGAUAUCGCUCACCUUAUAAAUCUUAUGAUUAUAUAUCAUUGCCUCUUAA